AUGGCUACUCCCGAGCCAGAGCUUUCCACUCCAAAAAGCCCACAGCACGAUGCCGCUCCGUCUGGUGCAGGGAAUUUACACGACGAUUAUUACUCGGAAUCAUUCACCGCCAAUGGAGAACAAGCACCUUUGAUGUCAGACGACUUGGAAAUUACCGAAAAGAAAAGCCUCUUUUCAUUUAUCCGCACCAAAGACUUCUGGAUUGUCUUGGUCCUGGGACAAGCACUAUCCAUCCUGAACGUGUCCGACAGCACAUUCUCCGCUCUUUUGGCUCGAGAGGGGACCUCGAUACCGGCAUUUCAGACCUUUUUCUUUUAUGCCGUGUUGAAUAUCAUUUUCACAUCGGUAACCAUCUCCAAGUACGGCUUCAAGCGAUGGCUGCACAUUGUACGGCAAGAUGGGUGGAAGUAUUUUUUGUUCGCCUUUUGUGACGUGCAGGGCAACUAUUUUGUCAUCCUAGCUUUCCGGUACACGACCAUUCUGAGUGCACAGUUGAUCAACUUCUGGGCCAUUGUCGUGGUAGUUACAGUAUCUUACUUUGUUCUGGGCGUACGAUACCACUACAUGCAAAUUCUAGGGAUCCUUGUUUGUAUCGGGGGUAUGGGUGUCCUGAUGGGAUCCGAUCACAUCACUGGCUCCAACGGGGGCCAGGCCACAGAUGCCGUGCUAGGCGAUUUGUUCGCCCUGCUAUCCGCCACCUUUUACGGAUUCUCGAAUGUCGUCGAGGAAUACUUUGUGACCAAGCGCCCGGUGUACGAGGUCGUUGGCCAGCUAGGCUUCUGGGCCACAUUUAUCAAUGGCAUUCAAGCCUAUAUUUUCGACCGUUCGUCCUUUGAGUCUGCCACCUGGAACGGACAUGUAGCCACUUACAUGGUUGGGUAUACCGUAUGCCUUGUGCUUUUCUACGCAACUGUUCCCUUAGUCUACCGUCUGGCUUCUGCAGCGUUUAUGAAUAUCUCCAUGCUGACCAGCAACUUUUGGGGCGUCAUCAUCGGUCUGCACGUGCUCCAUCUGCACGUGCACUGGAUGUACCCAAUUGCAUUUUUGCUUAUUAUCCUUGGACACUUUGUCUACUACCUGGGCCAGGCGGGGCUCGAAGAGGCGCGUAAGCCAUGGCUGGGCCAUGACCAGGAAGGGGGCGUAUCUGGUCUUUUCACCGCCAGGAGAAGACUGGAGCAGGCAAAUGCCGCGCAACACGAUGACGGCGAGGAGGAUGCGUCGUUGUUGGGAAGACAGCACUCCUAG